CAGCGAUAAAAGCUUGUACCAAAAAUGAAUUUUUUGCCAAAAAAAAUUCUACAAUCUACCAUUAUGGAGAUAGGACGGAUAGUAAUCAACAAUUUUUAAACAUGUUUAGAGCUUAAAAAGUGUGUGAUCUCAGUUAGCCUAACACGCUCCUCCUCACUUCGCUCGUCGUCGCACCUAUAUUGCCUCUGUCACUUAAAUUUUCUAAGUCCUAAACGCCUUUAAAAAUUUACGAUUUCUACCCCGCCUAUCUCCGUAAUGGUUGAUCUUAGAGAAAAAUGUUACAUAGUUAAAUAUACUUAAUUUAACAUUCCCUACUAAAGUAAUAAAGAGUUUUUUCUUUCCUAUACCCCAACCUUUUUUUUAUAUAAAAGAUCAAAGGAGGUGUACUAAUGUGAAGAAUUACAUCCUGUAGUAAAUGUGUUAUUAUGAAAAAAAAAGUGGUAUUUACAUAAAUUUUCUGCCAACCAUACGCUUUGCUAUGAAAACUGCACGUUGAUAACGAUCACACACAAUGCCGAGAUGAUUAUACGCGUCAUAAUCUAUUUAACUUGUUUUUAGAGUGUUCAGACGGCAUCGCCGCCCGCGCCAGGGAACAGCUCGCGAUGGCUUGUUCCGUGGUGCUCGAGCGCCUCCGCGGCGACGCCACUGCGAACAGCGGAGGCAAACCAUACAUAUGCGAAGACUGUGACAAGCAUUUCAGAAACAAAUCUAUUUUAAGAAAACACAUACAACAAGCGCACUUGCCAAACAAAUUUCCCUGUGAUUUUUGUAGUUCUACAUUUCAAACUAAAUUUCUUGUAUUAAAGCACGAAAAAAGCGAACAUGAUGUUACAAAUUUUAUGUGUGAUGAAUGUGAGUAUACAACUAGUUCAAAGACAAGUUUACAGACUCAUUCAAAGAGUCACUCUGGUGAUAACGUUUUUAAUUGUAGUCACUGUACAUACACUAGUCUGUUUAAAACUGAUGUACGCAAACACCAAACGAUACACACUCAAAACAAGCCUUUUAGGUGUACCGACUGUGAUUUCAAAUGCAGUGUUGAAUCAAACCUUCGACGUCACCAGAAGACCCAUAACCGAAGACAUCAGAAGAUGCACACACGAAAAGAGGUAUUUCAUCAAUGUAGUUACUGCGAUUACAAAACCCGUAAAAAGCAAUACUUACCAAGUCACCUAAGAACUCACACUGGCGAGAAGCCUUACAAAUGUAGUCAUUGCGACUUCAAGUGCAGUUUUAUUUAUGCGUUACGAGUACACGAAAAGAGACAUACUGGCGAGAAACCUUUUACUUGUAGCUACUGUGAAUACAAAAGCAUUGAGAAAUCACAUUUACGAAGACACGAGAUGAUACAUACUGGGGCAAAGCCAUUUGAAUGUAGCGAUUGCGACUAUAAAUGCAGAUCAAAACAGCGCCUUUUAGUUCAUGAAAGAAUACACACCGGAGAGAACCCGUACACAUGUAAUCAUUGCGACUACAAGUGCUCUAUUAGAUCAUACUUACAAAAACAUCAAAAGACACAUACCGGCGAGGCGCCUUUUCAUUGUAGCCACUGUGAUUACAAAUGCAAUUGGAAAUCAAUCUUAAAACGUCACAUGAGAGUACACACCGGAGAAAAACCGAACAAAUGUAGUCAGUGCGACUUCAAGUGCAGUGAUAGGUCAAGCUUACGGCUCCACAAAAUGAGACAUGCAGGCGAAAAGCCUUUUCAGUGUAGCCACUGCGAUUACAAAUGCGUUCUGAAAUCAUCCUUAAAAUCACACCAAAUGAUACAUACUGGCGAAAAGCCUUUUCAUUGUAGCCACUGUGAUUACAAAUGCCGAGAAAAAUCAAACCUACGACGUCACCAGAAGACGCAUUCUGGUGCAGCCUGAAACAGCACCUACGAAGACAACCAGAUGAUACACACGGAAGAGUAACUAGCAGUUAUAGCUAUAGAACGUUCUCGUGGGGUCGGAUGUCACCCGUUGCCCUAAGAGCGCCCGCUAGCUGGCGCGGCUGCACGGAGCGGACGCCCGCACGCGGGUGCCGCUAUAGGUAAAAUUUGUCGCACUGUGGGUAGGUUUGUAUUCUUAAAAUGCAAGUGGGUAAGCACUAAUAAAUGAGUUAGUUUUGAUCCAA